CACUACUGUAUCCUGACGGGGAAGGUUGCCCAGGACCAAAACAAGGCUCUUCAUAGAUAAUAUUUGAAGAGUGUUUUACCAAUGACUGAAAGAGCGGAGACCAUGGACGCUCCAGAUAGCCACGAUAAUGCGCCACCAGCUAAGAAAAAUGGGCAAACCUCACUGCUGGACAGCGGGGAAGACUUCGAGGUUUUGGAUGAAGAUGACAUUGAUGACGACCCACCUCCUCUGGAAGAUGCCGGGGGUGGGAAGAGUAGAAACACAGAUAAGUCAGAAAAUAAAAAUACAGACGUGGACCCAGAACCUACAGGUCAAGUGGACGAAUGGGUUGAUGUGUUAGGAAAUGGCCAGCUAAAGAUAAAAGCACUGGAGGCAGGGGAAGGAAGAGACAGUCGGCCACAGAAAGGACAGAAUGUGAAGAUUAAUCUUAAAACCUAUCUGAUGGAUGGAACGCUUCUAGUGGAGCAGCCUGACCUCUCUUUCACUGUGGGAGAUGGGGAUGUCAUUCAGGCACUGGAUCUAACAGUGCAGCUCAUGGAAAUGAAAGAGAAGGCACUCAUCCAGACUGAUGCUAAAUAUGCAUAUGGUGCCCGGGGAAGUCUUGAACCCGAGGUUCCCCCAAACGCUGAGCUUUCCCUUGAAGUCGAACUGCUAGAAGCUACUGAUGCUCCAGACCUGGAGCUGCUGCCCCCUGUAGAAAAGAUUGCCCUGGCCAGCCAUAAGAGAGAGCGGGGCAAUGUCCAUUAUCAGCGUGGGGACUAUGCUUUUGCUGUCAACUCAUAUAGCAUUGCCCUGCAAAUAACAGAGUCUAGUUCUAAAGUUGACAUUACCCCUGAGGAGGAAAAUGAGCUGAUGGAUGUGAAAGUAAAGUGUCUCAACAACAUGGCCGCUUCUCAGCUCAAACUGGACCACUAUGAGGCAGCACUUAAAUCUUGCGUCUUAGCGCUUGCGCACCAGCCAGACAACAUAAAAGCACUUUUCCGCAUGGGCAAGGUGCUGGCCCUGCAAGGUGAAUACACAGAAGCCAUUCAAACGUUGAGGAAGGCACUGAAGCUGGAACCAAGCAACAAGACAAUCCAUGCAGAGCUCUCCAAGCUGGUGAAGAAGCACUCGGAGCAGAGGGGAGCAGAGCAGGCCAUGUAUAAGAAGAUGCUGGGUAACCCCUCCAGCAGCAGCGGCACACAGAAACACCGGGCCAAGUCUUCAUGGGGUCUGAGCUGGAAGUGGCUCUUUGGUGCCACUGCAGUAGCCAUCGGCGGUGUAGCUUUAUCCGUUGUCAUAGCUGCUAGAAACUGAAGCAAGAGCCUGUAGUGAUGGCCUGACCAGUCCCAUGGCCUGCAGUGGGAGAGCCUAAACACAGAAGCACAGCUGGCAGUGCCUUCUGACCUUUGGCCAAAGGGGGUGGAAAUGUCAGUCGGUCAGUCGCCUCUUCACUGUCACUCUCUUUUCUCUGCUAUGUUUGAGAACUAUAUGUGACAAAUAAUAAAUCAUCACUAAUUGCAUAUGAGAGAUAUAUUUCCAACCUUUUAAAUGUGUAGGUUUGUGCAUAUCUGUCACAUUGCCAGACACUGUUUGUUUUUUGGGGUUUUUUUGCUGCCAUUGUUUGUGUCUCUGGUAGUUAAUGUUGGAUUAUUUGAGCAUUUAUAAUAAAAAUAGAUGCAGAUAGUAGCUAUUUAAAAAUAUUUUUAAAGAAUAGCUAUUGUGAUAUGGUCCUAUAGUGAUGCUAUAGUUUUAAAGCAUCAUGUUGUCCAGUUAUUUUAUUAUCCAGAUGGGAUUUCACUUUGCCACGGUACAAUGUUUCAUGUUGAAUCUACACAUAAGUACACUAAGUGACCAGAAAUAAAAACAACACCUGUAGGAUGAAAUGCAGUCCAACAGCAGUUUAAUUUUUA